AUGAAUAUUCAUGAUUAGCUUCAGGAAGGUUACUAAGCAACGUCCUCGUGUAUUAAUCAAUAUUCAUGAGCACACCUUGGCUGUAGUAGGAUGUUUGUACACCGGCUGAACGCAGUUCAUGAUGGGUUUGAUCCAGAGUGUGUUUGCUGCAGAGGGCGGAUAUCAUGUGCACGCGAUCCAGGAGAAUUCUCCAGCUGAGAGAGCCGGUCUGGAGCCCUUCUUUGAUUUUAUUUUGUCUAUCGGACACACCAGACUGAAUAAAGAAAGCAGCACGCUGAAAGACCUCCUGAAGGCAAACGUGGAGAAGCCGGUGAAGCUGGAGGUUUACAGCAGUAAAGUGAUGAAGAUCAGAGAGCUGGAGGUCGUCCCCAGUAACAUGUGGGGCGGUCAGGGCUUACUGGGGGCCAGCGUCCGAUUCUGUGCUUUCCAAGGGGCCAAUCACAACGUCUGGCAUGUACUGGAUGUGGAACCGAAUUCACCUGCUGAUCUGGCUGGACUGAAGCCUUAUUCGGACUACAUUGUUGGCGCAGAUCAGGUGUUGCAGGAAUCGGAGGAUUUCUUUUCGCUGAUCGAGGCGUCGGAGGGAAAAGCGCUGACGCUGCUGGUGUACAACACUCAGUGUGACCGCUGUAGGGAAGUGAUGAUCACUCCUAAUGGAGCGUGGGGCGGAGAGGGAAGUCUGGGUUGUGGUGUGGGGUUUGGGUACCUGCAUCGGAUCCCCAUGCGCCCGUUCACAUCAGAUCAACACCAGAAUGCAUCUGCAACAUCUGGAAACCAAGAGGAAAAACGCUGUUCUGAGUCAUUGUUAGAUAAUGAACGGGACCAUGACGUGACGGUAGACAUUGGUGAUGGAUUCCUUCAGGACACGUCUGAAGUUUCAGCAUCAUGCCAGAGAUCUCCUGACACGUUUGAGACGACAGCUGUGGAUCUCUCCAGACGCUUGGAUUUAUUUAGCUCCACUACAGACGGCUCUUCCUCUUUGAUAGUGCAUGAUGAUGAUGAUGAUGAUGGCGUCUGCAGUGAGGACGCGUCUACUUUACGUCGGUCUGAAGACAGCGAGAUGAUCACCACAACAGCAGGCCAGAAGGACGAUUCGGGGAUCUACGGUAUUCAAACGGCACCUGUGAUCCUAAACAUGAAACUAAAGGAUGACGAGGUCGUAACAUCUACACAGAAAAGCGUCACAUAAGUAUCAGCUGUGCCUCAGAGACGUGUCGUUCGGCUGCUCUAUUGUAGAGUGCUGAUGUGCAAGAUCGCACAGAAAAAGAUGCCUUACAGUGCCAAUUUCUGUUUGCACACAUACAAACUCCUGCUUUAGAAAAUAUUGAGAAACUACAUCUUCAUCUGUUAUAGCGUGAAUAUCAUAAUAAAAUGUCUACAGUA